UCCGCGUGUUCCAGUGGUCCGCUGGUAUUCACAGUCCAUCCGUCAUAUUACAUUAUUGUUAAUAAAAUAUUAUUAUAUUAAUUCAAUACACCGAUCGUGACUCUUCUCAGUUUGUCUCUUUCUUUACGACUACAUGCAUACUCAAUAAUAAUAAUUAUAAUAUUAUUGUUAUUAUUUGCAUUAUUAUUUUUUUAUUUUUUUUUUACAUAUUUAACCGACGAUUUGCGACGCGUAUAUACUGUUAUAGCUGCAGUCGUUAACUUUGAUUUAAUACAGUUUUAAACGAUAAUAAUAGUGCAUCGUUUACGAGUUAUUUUUAUUAUACUUUUUUUUUCAUCCGUUGGAUUUUUCCGAUUUUCAACCGCCUGACCAUUUCGACACGCCAAGAACACGUGCCAUUUUUCCGAAUGCUUAAAUGAGAACCAUCGCCCACACAUGGAUAUCACACAAGUAUUACUCUUUGUAUCAGGCAUUUUCCUAACCUGUGAACCAAUUGGCGCCCAAGAUGACUCGUCGUUGACGUACCAAGUAUCUGCUGAGCGAAUUGUACAGGACACCAGUAAUUAUGUAGAAACUCGGAACGCGGAGCAAAAGUUUUUGAAAAAGUACAUGCUAUCGCCUGACGUGACAUGCAAUGAUGGAUCCCCAGCAGGAUUUUACGUGCGCCACUCAAACUAUAGCAAAACAUGGAUAGUGUUUCUUGAAGAGGGUUGGUGUUGUUAUGACAAACAGAGUUGUGACGAACGGUGGUCGCGAGCCGAGUACCUCAUGUCAUCAAAAGAAUGGCCCGAAACUCGAACAGUCGGAGGAAUAUUAUCCAAUAAUGCAGCUGAAAAUCCUUAUUGGUGGCAGGCAAAUCAUGUUUUCGUACCAUAUUGUACUAGUGAUAUAUGGUCAGGUCGGAGAGCAGAACCACAACACGGGUCAAAAUUCACUUUUAUGGGCUCCAUAGUGAUUAAGCAAGUCAUCAGAGAGCUAUUAACUAUAGGUUUGGCCAAUGCCAACGCUCUCAUACUCUCUGGAAGCAGUGCUGGAGGUGUUGGAGUUAUGUUGAAUCUUGAUCCCAUUCAAAAGAUGUUGAGACAGUACAGCGGCAUGUCGGUCCACGGUAUUACAGACUCCGGUUGGUUCGUAGACCAACGGCCGUACGAUUUUGAUGACGCGGGAGGUGCGUCGACAUCGCCGAUCGAAGCCGUGAAAUUAGGUAUCCCUUAUUGGCACAGUCAGAUACCAUCCAGGUGUCGGAACCUCUACAUUAACGAGCCUUUCAAGUGUUUUAUCGGUUACAAGAUUUAUCCCACAUUAUCGGUCCCGUUGUUCGUGUUUCAAUGGCUGUACGACGAGUUCCAGCUGAAAAACGACGUCGGCACACCGGUCACCAAACAGCAAUGGGACUACAUACACAAGAUGGGCGAAGGGCUGCGAAAAUCAUUACUAAACGUCACGUCGGUGUUCGCCCCAUCAUGUGUUUCGCAUACGGUGCUUACGAAGAAAUAUUGGAAGAACAUCAAGAUCGACUCGGUGUCCCUCCCCACGGCGUUGCACUGUUGGCAGAUCGAGACGAGAUUCGCAAAGAUUAACGGAAACGGUAACAACAACAACAACAACAAUAACAACAAUAAUUACAGCAACAAGUCUAGACCGGGCCGUGCGAACGGCAACGGCAACCGCAACGGCGGUACGGGAGGCCAUAACAAGAGACUGACGAAAAUCGAUAGGCAGACGGCAGCAGAUAAUGCUACCAAGAGGAAACAGAAUAAAAUUCACCGCAACGAUCAUCGAUCUGGAGCAAUGGUUCAUAGGAAACGCAGACGUCACCACAAAAAUCACGGUAGCUGCAGACAUCAACACAUUCAGAGCUGCACUUGGCCGCAAUGCAACAACUCGUGUCCAAAACUUCAAAAUCCGGCAACGGGCGAAGAAGUGGACUUCAUCGAGCUGUUGCAGUCGUUCGGGGUGAAUAUACCAAACCUGUCAUCCGAACUGGGAAUCGACAUGGAAUCGCUUAUACACAUGGACCAGGAAGAGCUGCUGAACCUACUCACCCAGCAGUCCAAUUAAAUCCUUUGGGGAUUGAUUAUUUUUUAAAUUUGGGAUGGGAGGGGGGUUGGUAGUAGUUCGGGGAACGGAAUGUGCAUUAUGACGUGGGAUAAGGGAUGGGUCGACGCGGGAUCUUAAAUAUUAUAAUAUUUAUUUGGGGUGUUUUGUGUCUAAAUUACUGGAACGUGUCAAAUUUACCAAAAACAAAAAAAAAAAAUAGAAAAUAUUAACAUUAACAAAACCGUUUGUACAUAAAUUUUUUUUUUUU